AUGAGCAGCCAGAAAGGGAAUGCGGCACGCAUUCGACCACAAAAACAUCAAAAUCGGUUUGCGUUUAAAAAUAACCUCCAUGACACAAAUGUACGUACCAAACGUAUGAAUUCCAUACAAGUUCACAGUGUUUGCCCUAGAUGUAAAGACAUAUUGGAAUGGAAGAUCAAGUACAAAAAAUAUAAAAUGCUGAAAGCAGCAAAGAACUGCAACAAAUGUCACAAUAAGACUGUCAAAGAAGCUUACCACACAAUGUGCCAUCAGUGUUCAAGCACCUUGGAAUUAUGUCCCAAGUGUGCAGUACCAAGGAUCGAAUGGGCUAAAGAUGAUCAGAAAACAACAUCUGAAAACGGAGGUGAUGACAAAAAUGAUUUAGAAAACAGUGAUGAUGAAAACGAUGAUUCAGGAAGUGAUGCUUGCAGUAAUCCUUCCCCUAGUUGA